CACACAAUGUCGACAAAGGCCAAGAGCAAGAAGGGCACCAAGGCCGCGCCGGCGGCCGCAGCAGCAGCAGCGGACAUCGACGACAUCUUUGCGUCUGGCCCGUCGAAGGGCAAGCCUGCGGUGGUGGAGGCGAAGAAGAGCAAGAGCAAGAAGCGCAAGUCGGGAGCGGGGGACGCCGAGCCAGAGAAGAGCGACGCGGGCGAGAAGUCGAGCAAGAAAAAGAAGAAGGCCGAGGGCGGCGAGCCCGAGCCCAAGAAGAAAACGGACAAGGCCGACCCCGCCCCCACUCAGUCGGCCCGCACAGUCGUCGAGGUCGUCGACCCCUCCGUCGCUGUCGCGGCCGCCGUGUCAAAGGCCAAGGCCGCCUCCGCCGCGCCGAGCAGCAGCAGCAAGAAACGCGACUUCAAGGCCGUGGAGGAGGACCGCGCGUUCCGCGACUCGCGGGGCGACUCGAACCGCCGCAGGACAGAAGAAGGAUACCUCAUCUUCAAGGAGGCCGAGCUCGCCAUCGACCCCGAGGCGGGCGGCACGCCCCUCUGCCCCUUCGACUGUGAUUGCUGCUUCUAGUUGUUGUACAAUUGCCAUUAUCACUAUAACUUCUACGGGGUCCGUCUGAGCUGGGCUGCUGCAUACAUUCGGGGCUAGCGUCGCGGGGUUGCCGCUUCCAGAGCUUAGGUGACCGUGUCUGAGAAGUAGUCGUCGACCAGUGGCAGGUAUCCCGAGAUAAGAUCGCCCGCCAAGCUGAUGAGCGGGAUCUUUUCCAAGAAGUUGACCACAGAGACAAUCUUUGGGCGCGUCCAUCCGAUCCACAUGGGGCCCUGGAGGAAGAAUCUCGAGGCCAUGCGGCGGUCCAGCUGGGCAUAGUGCUCGGCCAGUAGGGUCGACUCGCCGGCUGGCGCGCGGAGGCGGCGCGCCAGGAGCUGGAGCAGGAUGGGGAUGAGGAACGGUGGGAUGGCGCGCGACAGCGUAGGGAGGGAUGCUGGGCGGUAACGGGACGCGGAGGGCGAACGCAUCGUGUGCACGAGGAGUAGAACCUGAACAAGAACAGCAGUCGACGAGAGCACCUCGGCGGCGAUAUCGCCGGGUGUCGAG